AUGUCGAUCUUGAGCUCAGCUCUCGGGGUACAGAAGACACGAAGAAGGGUAAGGAUUAUUGUGCAAGACGCAGAUUGCCUGCAGGAUCCAUCACCGGAUGUUGCUGGACUAGAUCGCAUGGAUGCGGAGUACCUUUCACGUAGGGGCGCCUUCGACUUUCCUCCAGCAGACACAGUUGACGCACUCCUACAUGUCUAUUUCGAACGCGUGCAUCCCAAUGCUCCGAUUUUGCAACGAGCUCAUUUCAUUUCAGACUACGAGCAGCGGAAAUUCUCGCCCUUUCUGCUGCAGUCUAUGCUCGCAAACGUCGUACCGUACGCGUCCGAGGCAUUGAUUCAAGAUGCCGGGUUCCCAGACCGAGCAACUGCUCAGCGUUCGUUCUUCCUCAAGGCCAAGCGACUGUAUGACUUUGGCCACGAAAAGAGUCAGCUGCGCCUUCUCCAGGGUUGCAUCAUGCUAUCAUCGUUGUCAUUCUCAUACUCUGUAGACUACGACUUCCAUUUCUGGUUCAACAAUGCUGUCAGAACUGCCACCCAAUUGGGUCUCCACCGAGACUCCACGAUCGAAGCCACGCCUCAUCUCGAGCGGACCCUGUUGCGGCGACUCCAGAACCUCCAAAGAAUACACGACUCAGACUUCGACACUGCACCAUUGGACGUGGCAGAUUUUGAACCGGGGGACGACGAUGGUUUCGCCCACGCCAUCCUGUGCAAAUCGACCAACAUUCACAAGCUCUACCUGGUUCAUGCAUGUCAAAUUGCCGUGAUGACCAGCCGCUUCGUCUCCUUGCUCUCACGCGGCGUCGAAGAGUUCGACCUCCAAGGCGCACAGCGUCUGGAGUCUGACCUGCUCCAUUGGCGUACAACACUGCCGACUGAGUUGCGCGCGGACAUCGUCUACGAGUGGUCUGCCGCCAACGUUUGGAUUCUUGUUCUGGCCGGGAUCAGCUACCGAUUUCAAAGCUUGCUAUACAGGACACUGGCUGAGCAAUACCGCCUUCUGAAUCAUGACCUGAGCGCGUUGCGUGCGUUACUCAAGCAGGAAGCUGCCAUGUUUGAGCUAGGAACCAUCAUCCGUCGCAUAAUCCUUCACGACCUCAUUCAGACGUGUCCCUUGUCUUUGACUACGCAAAGACUGACUUGUACCUCUACGCUGCUGGCAUUGCGUAUCGAGAUGGCACUGAAGCCGGACUCAUCGCCAAUUCGGAAGCUGAGAUUACAACCCCAAAUGUACGAGGACCUGGAGCAUCUGAAAGAAUCUUCCAGAUUCUGGACCCCUCUGAGAUGGCCGGUGAAGAUGUUCGAGGUCGUGCUGGCACGAAAUGAUUUGAAAUGGAAUCCUGCACAAUCGAGUGUUCGCCAACCGCCUACUGAUCAAAACGUGUCGACAUCGACGUACAACAGCCAGUCCGCUUCGCAAACCGCGGGCCAGAACAAUUAUGUUUCGAGCACAGAUGAUCCGUUCUCGGCAGAGGGGCUGAACGCAAGCUUCUGCGAAGAUCGUGAUACAGAGUCUUGGCUGCAGGAGCUACUGAGUUGCGGCUUUGCGGUGUGA